AUGUUAAGCGAAAUCAUAUUUACGAUCAUUGACAAAGGAUUUUCUCUCGUUGAUUGCCUCCGCACCCCCCGCCCCCGCCAAAUAAAAAAAAAAACAAAAACUCUAAAUUUUUCGAAACGACAACGUCGAUUUCUUUCCACCUGUCUCUUUCCAUCUCUCUCUCUCUCUCUCUCUCUCUCUCUAAUUUCACCUCUCCCCACCCUUCUCUCUUUCCACCCCUCCUUCUUUCCACCUCUCUUUCCAUGUCUCUCUCUUUACACAUCUCUCUCUUUCCACACAACCCUUUUUCUUCUUCUUUCUUUCCGUCUCUCUCUUUCCACCUCUCCCUCUUUCCGCCUAUCUCUUUCCAUCUCUCUCUUCCCACCUCUCCCUCUUUCCACCUAUCUCCUUCCAUCUCUCUCUUUCCACCUCUCCCUCUUUCCACCUCUCUCUUUUCACCUCUCCCUUUUAACUCUUCUCUCUUUCCACUUCUCUCUCUCUUUCCACCUCUCCUUCUUUCCACCUCUCUCUCUUUCGACUUCUCUCUUUCCACCUCUCCCUUUUAACUCUUCUCUCUUUCCACAUCUCUCUCUCUCUACCUCUCCCCCUUUCCACCACUCUCUCUUCCUACCUCUCCCUCUUUCCACCUAUCUCUUUCCAUCUCACUUUCCAUGUCUCUCUCUUUACACUUUUCUCUCUUUCCACAUCUCUCCUUCUUUCCACCUAUCUCCUUCCAUCUCUCUCUUUCCACCUCUCCCUCUUUCCACCUAUCUCUUUCCAUCUCUCUCUUUCCACGUCUCCCUCUUUCCACCUCUCUCUCUUUCGACUUCUCUCUUUCCACCUCUCUCUUUCCACCUCUCCCUUUUAACUCUUCUCUCUUUCCACAUCUCUCUUUCUCUCUUUCUACCUCUCCCCCUUUCCACCACUCUCUCUCUUCCUCUCUCACCCUCUUCUCACCUCUCUCUCUUUCUACCUCUCUCUUUCUGUCGGAAUUUCUCAGAUGAGGAUUAUUCUUUAGACUAUUUUACAUUCGGACUACCGUCGCCAUCAACGGGUCUUAUGGAUAAAAGACGUGAGUGGUGA